ACAUUUUGACGUCAGCACGUGGCCAGCAGCUGCCCCCUUUCUUCUUCUUCGCUCUUGUCUGUCCUGUACGUGAGGGUCCGCAUGCUCGCUGCUCGAAAGAACAACACUCGAAGGCAGGGCUACGUGUUGUUGUUUUUGUCCCAUUUUGSUUCCAAAGACAACUGUUUUCACGCUCCGUUGUCUCGUCGAGCGAUGAGGGCUGUCGCGUACCUCCGUCGCGGAGAAGUAGGAGGAGGUCAGGACUUCAUUUUGGCGAUCUGAACGCCUUUUUUGCGAAUAAAAAGGCAAACGGUGCCGUUUUUAAUUACAUGCGAAACGCAGCGGGUUUCUGAUCUGAGGGAAAAUGAUUUUCAGGAAUCUUCAGCCGAGAACCUGCAGAGCAUGGCUGUCCAGGGUUUCCCUGAGGCAGGAGCCGUGUUUCUUCUCYUCCGUGCCCCCCCAGCCGGUGCCCCCUUUGACCCAGACCCUGCAGGGCUACCUGAGGGCCCUGGAGCCUCUGCUGCCCCCCGAGGAGCUCAGCCACACCCGCAGGAUAGUGCAGGAGUUCGGCAGGCCCGGUGGGCUGGGACCCAGGCUGCAGGAGGGGCUGGAGAAAAGGGCCAGACACACCAAGAACUGGAUCACAGACCUGUGGGUGCAGUGGGCAUAUCUGGAGAGCAGACUGCCUCUCGCUGUGCACUCGAACCCGGCCAUCUCUCUUCCCAGGAGAGAUUUUAACGACUGGCGGAGCCAGCUGGUUUCUUCCAGCUGGAGGUGUACAACAGCGACGGGUCGCGGAUGACGGAGAGUCAGAUCCACGGGCAGCUGCUGAGGAUCCGGUCCCAGUCCUGGAAGACCGACAAGGAGCCCAUGGGCAUCCUGACCAGCGAGCACCGCCACACGUGGGGAGAGGCGUACAACCGCCUGCUGAGAGACAAACUCAACCAGGAGUCGGUGCGGAUGAUAGAAACCGGGCUGUUCUCCUUGUGUUUGGACUCUCCAGUCAUACGGAUAGCAGAUGAAAAGUACGCCAGCCGGAAGGCGGCUCAGGUGCUGCACGGGGGCGGGACGUUCUCCAACAGCGGGAACCGCUGGUUUGAUAAAACUCUGCAGUUCGUGGUGGGAGAAGACGGAUCGUGGGGGCUCCUGUACGAACAGGCCACAGCUGAGGGUCCGCCCAUAACCAACCUGCUGCAUCACAUCCUGGAGUACUGUGAGAAACCAGACCCAACCAGAGCGCCCCUGGUUCCGCUGCCCAUGCCCAAGAAGCUCUACUUCCACAUCGAUCGAGACAUCAAGAGGGACAUCGAGCUGGCGAAGCAGAACCUCGACAUUCUGAUCAACGACCUCGACAUCAACGUGUUCAACUUCAAGAGGUUCGGCAAAGAGCUCCCCAAGAAGCACAACCUGAGUCCCAACUCUUUCCUGCAGGUGGCGCUGCAGCUCGCCUACUACAGAGUUCACGGCGAGGUGUGUCCCGCCUGCGAUAUCGCCUCUCAGAGGAUGUUCCGGGGAGGAAGGACGGAGUACAUCCGCUCACCUACCAAUCAGGCGCUGAAGUUCAUCAUGGCCUUCGAUGAUCCGUCCGUGUCGAGGGAAGCGAAGCUGCAGCUGUUCAGAGAGGCUGUAGAGGCGUAUUCAGAGCUGACCGAGCAGGCACUGAAGGGACACGGGAUUGAUCGCCACCUGCUGGCCCUGAAGCUGCAAGCCAUCGAGGAGGGACUGAGCAUCCCCAAAAUCUUCAUGGACACGGCGUACGGCCUGGCGACACACUGGAAGCUGCGGACAGGACAGGUGCCUGCGAACACAGACAGCGUAUUGUGUUUCGGGCCCCUGGUCCCCGACGGUUACGCCGUUUGUUACAACCCCCAGGCGGAUCACGUCCACUUCUCCGUCAUGGCUUUCAACUGCUGCGAGGACACGAACGCAGAGACUUUAGCUCGUACUCUGAAGCACACCCUGUGCGACCUGCAGGAGCUGCUGCAGCCUACUGUGUAGAGCUGCUGCCACGCCGAACGACCACUCUAACAAGGAAAAAAAAAGUUUUCUCAAUGUUUUAAUACGGCUUGAUUCUCUCAUAUAUGCUUCUUCUUAUGCUUCAUUAAUUUUUGAUUGUGAGCCUGAACUCUGCGGCUCUGAGGUGCUUUUGAUAUGUUUUUUUAAAAGCUUCUCUGUCAGCAGUUUUUCUUUUCUGUUUAAUGCCUAUCAGCAGUGGAUUCAUAUGGAGGUGUCUGAGGAAAACAAGGCCAACUUGACACUCUGAAGCUUACCGAAGCAUGACAUGGACGCACUCCUUUUUUUUUGCAAGUCAGGAAAUCUGGCACUUUGCCAAUCAUAAAUCCUCCAUUUUUACUCCGGACAACAAGGUUUAUAUUUGAUUUGCUGAGUUAACGAGGGGGAAAAGACCAAAGGACAAGAAGUUGGGUAUUAAUGUUGACAGCAGAAAGAAAAUACAAAUGAUUUUGUUUUGUUUUUCAGCUCAAACCAGCUGAUCAUUAGGAUGUGAUUGUGGAUUUCUUCAUUCAACCUGCAGGACUGGUUAUUAAAAGCUUUUGAUUUAUCGCA